AUGGCAAAAAGAAGAACUAAGAAGAGAACACAUGUAGUUCAAACUGUUGAACAAUUAAAGGAUGUUCCUAAAUCUAUGGUUAUAAGAGUUGGUUCGACAUCUUUAGGUAAUCAUACUUUGAAUCAGUUGGUUAAAGAUUUCCGUCAGAUCAUGCAACCUCACACAGCUGUUAAAUUAAAAGAGAGAAAGUCGAAUAAAUUAAAGGACUUUGUUGUUAUGUGUGGCCCAUUAGGUGUUUCUCAUUUAUUCAUCUUUACUCAAUCCGAAAGAACUGGUAAUGUUUCAUUGAAGAUAUCCAGAAUUCCUCAUGGUCCAACUGUUACUUUUCAAGUGACAGAUUACUCCUUGGGGAAGGACAUUAAGAAAUUUCUGAAGAGGCCAAAAUCUUUAAAUAAAGAAGAUGUCUUAGAUCCCCCAUUAUUAGUUUUGAAUGGGUUUACAAGUCUGAAAAGUGAAGUAGAUUCAAAGGGAGUUAAUGAAAAUGUAGAGAAAGUUAUAGUAUCAAUGUUCCAAAAUGUUUUCCCCCCCUUGAACCCUUCAAGAACGAGGUUAAGUUCGAUUAAACGUGUUUUCAUGAUUAAUAAAGAUCAAGAAACUGGAGAAAUAUCUAUGCGUCACUAUUUUAUCGACAUCAGAGAAGUAGAAAUUUCCAAAAAUUUAAAACGACUUCAUAGAGCUAAGCACAAUCUGCAUAAAACAUUACCAAACCUGCAUAAAAAGGAAGAUAUUUCUUCUUUGAUUUUAGACCAUGACAUAGGAUCAUAUACUUCUGAAUCGGAAGUUGAAGAUGAAGCAAUUGUAAAAGUAGUUGAUAAAAGAGAUAUAAGAUCUAAACAUAUAAGCAUUCUACAAGACAAAAAAAAUGAGAUAGAUAAAAUUGAUAAAGAAAAUAUACCACUAGUAAAUGAUGAUCAAUCUAGACUAAUACCAAGAAAAAAGGCAAUUAAAUUAACUGAAAUAGGACCAAGGUUGACCUUGAAAUUGGUCAAGAUAGAGGAAGGUAUAUGUUCAGGUAAAGUUUUGCAUCAUGAAUUUGUAGAAAAGACAGAUGCAGAAAUUAAAGCUCUGGAGAAAAGACAUGCCCAGAAGAUGAGACUGAAAGAAGAAAGAAGGAAAGAACAGGAAGAAAACAUUGCAAGAAAGAAAGCUGUGAAGGAAGCAAAGAAACAAAGAAAGCUGCAAAGAAGAGAACAAAGAAAAUUAGAUGCCAUAUCGAAUCCUGACAUAGAUAAUCAAAAUUCGGAUUCAGAUAUCACUGGAAGUUCCAGUGAUAGCGACCAUUAUAAUGACAUCCCAGAAGAUUUAGACAGUGAUUUAUUCAGUGAAGUAGAAUAG